CAUACAUACGCACACACACGUAGAUACACACACACACAGAGGCGCACACACAUAGACACACGCAACACACCCCACAGUGGUCCUCGCUCAGUCCUCCUGACAGCCGGACUAGACUGCACCAUGUCGGAAAUCCUCCCUUACAGCGAGGACAAGAUGGGCCGCUUCGGCGCCGACUCGGAGGGCUCAGAUCUCUCUUUCAGCUGCCGCCUCCAGGAUACCAACUCCUUCUUUGCGGGCAACCAAGCCAAACGGCCCCCUAAGCUGGGCCAGAUCGGCAGGGCCAAGAGAGUGGUGAUCGAGGAUGACCGGAUAGAUGACGUGCUGAAGGGAAUGGGGGAGAAGCCGCCGUCGGGAGUGUAGACGCGCCGGCUUGGUCCGCGGGCUCCCGUUCCCGCCUCGGAACGGCCCGGAGCGCAGGACGGCGAUGAAGCUGCCGGCGCCCCCGGCCCGGGCUCCCGGCCCAGCCUCAGCUCCAGCGGGCCGGGGCCUCAGGACCCAGCGGCUCCGCCCGGGCCGCCGCCGCUGCUCGCUGCUCCGGAGCUGUCCGCUUCAGCACCAAGGUGGCGGCGCGGCCCGGUCAGGAGCCCCUGUAGCGCCCGGCCCCCGGCCCGCCCCGCUCAUGCACUUUAGGACUCGGGCCGUGGCCCCACCCCGCACACAGAAACGGACACAGAAACGCGUGGCGCCCGGUGCCACGGACAUGUCAUUGUCGCUGCUCAUUCCCUGCGCCCUGUCCCGCACGGCCCCUUCCCUCCAGCCGGUUUGCAAGCUAAGCAGCUAGCUGGACACGGGUCCCUCCGUGCCGCCCUCCCCAGGGACGUCUGGCUGCAUCUUGCAUGCAUGAGCUUCCCCUCCGGAGCCCAGCCCCUGCGUCUGGCGGGUCCCCCAUCCGCAGCCUCUUUCUAAGGUGUCUGUCUGCCUUAGCACAUUUGUAUUUUUAUAUCCGACUCUUUGUUUACUGGAUCUUCUCCUAGAGCCCCCUUGGUCUGGGCCACAGAUAGUCCGCGCCUGGCGGACGGUCUCAGCCUCAAGGCUUAAGCCCCUUAACCUCGGUACCCACACGGCCAGUCUGUCCAGAUGGUCUAGAUGAGUUCUGGAGCCCCACCCCCUCCUCAGGAGGCUUCCCAUUGUUUUCCACCUUGGAUCCCCUGCCUCCCUGUCCCUGGGGAAUGCACUGCCUCUGGGAGGAUGCCAAAGGGGCCCCAGGGAUGCACCACUGUAAAUGUCCCCCGUUCCCCCAUCUUCACUGUACCAGGAGUUCGUGAAUAAACACAGACCUGUGCAUA